AUGGGCUUUGAGGAAACCGCAUAUCCCUACACCAAACCAGCACGUCGAUCAUCGUGGCGACCGGAAGUCAAGCAGUUCUCCCAAAGACGCUUCCGAUUCCUCCUGAGGUGUACCGUCGCCGCCGCGGUGACAGGAAUCCUCUUUCUCGUGGCGCUCCAUCGCCAAUACCGCCAUGAUCUCCAGGAGAAGUACUCAGCAACGAUCUUCAGCAAUGACUCAGAACGAAGGAUACAUCGGUCAGAAUGGGAAGCUUCCGCAGGUAGUCUGGCUGAGAGGCCGAUCCAGCGGGAGGAGUGGAAACGCAUAGGGGGCGGCUGGGAGGGCGAGAUCUUCCUGUACGAGGACACCGUGAUCAAGACCUUCGUCACCACGCGGAGUCCCCUUCGCAACUGCCUUGACUCAUCCUCAUCACCUACGAGGAUACCAACCGAGAUCCCCGCCACAUUGGUGCUCGGCGGCCUCCAGGACGAGGUGGCCGAAGAUGCCGACUUCCUGCCCCUGAAAGGCUACCUCCUCGCCCCAGCAACAGAGACAGAACCGGCAAGCUGGCUUGUGCUCACGCCCUACCUACCAUCUGGAAACCUCCAGAACGUAGCUAUGCGUUUGCGCUCCGAGAACCUUAACCACCGAGAUCUAGAUGCCCGGUUCCGCCCCUCGCUGAACCGCCUGCUGGGCGCCUUGGCCAGGAUGCACGGCGAGCAUGGGCUAUGUCACGAUGACAUAAAACUCUCGAAUGUCUUCGUGACGGACUACCUGGACGCGACAGUGUCGGAUACCCACUGGGUCCUGGCCGACUUCGGCAACGUGCGCGAGGUUACGCAUCCGUAUCACUCUUCUGUCAUCUGCACGCGGGACAGCGAGCAGAAUGCUGAUUGUCGCAUCAAUGACGCGGUGCGGUUGAUCAAGACCUAUGUUACGUUUCUGCGCCUUGCGUCGAUUGACACGGUUUCUUUUGAUUCUGCGUUCUGGGCAGAGAUUGAGCCGUGGAGCGAGCUGUACUGGUCGGCAGUGAAGGGUGCUCGACUAGGAUCUGGGGCGGCGGAGAGCUUUCAGGACAAUUCGUUGUCAAUUGCCCCUAUCCGCUCUGGCGAGCCGACGCCGCAAGUGGAAGGGGCUUGGAGUCUUGGCUGUUUGUUGGGGUUACCCUGCCUCGCGCAACGUACCGAGGAAGAGAUGGAGCGCGGGAUGUUUGUCACAGAGGACAAAGCCAGGCUAUUCGGCGCUACCGGCACUCUCCUGGGGGUACCGACAGGCGAGUGUUGA